AUGUCAAGAUGCCCGAAACGGCGAUGCCAAAGGUAUGAGGAGGAGGUGGUGGAGACUGGACAUGCCGAUGGGUUGAUGGGGGGGGCGGGCACUACUCCCAUGAUGCAGCUGAAGAUAAAACAGAUUGUUGCGGGUAAAGCCCUCGCCAAUAAGAGCCUCAUCAGGAGCACCAUAAGGGAAGAGGAGGAGGAGGAGGAGGAGGAGGAGGAGGAGGAGGAGGAGGAGGAGGAGGAGGAUGGUGAAGAUGAAGAGAGUAGCGACGAGAGGAGUCCAGGUGGGGAGGUCAAACCGCGCCAUGAUGCAUCCCCACAUGUCCUUCGUCGUGUUGGCUUGAGCAAGUUUGAGCGAGAGCUGAGGAUGGACGGCUGA